CCAGUUAAUAAUUUAAAAAGCUGUUCACAAAAUCGAUGUUUACAAAUAAGUUUUACAUUAAAUCAUCAUUUUCUUAGUUGUUUCAAGUACUCUUUGAUCUCCGUAGAGUACCAAAUACUCAUAAUGGUUGCAGAAACCGAUGCCAAAGAUUGUGUUAAUGGGAUUAAAAGUGAUCAGCAAACUAAAUCACUUAAACAUCAAAUGAAACAACAAUCCAAAUUGAGACGAGAUCUACUUUGUAAGCUCUUCCGCUGUGAUCCAUCUCAAUUAAGAACUCUUCUUGGUACUGACGGAGAUCGUGACCCAUCUGAUUUUACAAAUAAAAUUGAAAAUGGAAAUUCAGUGGAAAGUGGAAUUUCUCGUGAGUCCGCGCCAAUCUAUACUGAUUCAAGCAUAUUUUCUAAGGGAACUCAAAGUGCAAAUCCUCACAAUGAUUACUGUCAACAUUUUGUCGAUACUGGACAAAGACCUCAAAACUUUAUAAGAGAUGUUGGCUUAGCUGAAAGGUUUGAUGAAUAUCCUAAACUAAAAGAGCUCAUACGAAGAAAAGAUGAGAGGAUCCGUGAAACUAACACUAAACCUAUGUACCUUAAAUGUGAUUUAAGAGAAUUUUCAUUGAAAGAUUUGAAGUGCAAAUUCGAUGUGAUUUUAAUUGAACCACCUUUGGAGGAAUAUCAACGAACAAGAGGAGCUACCAACAUGGACUUUUGGAACUGGGAGGAGAUUGAAAAGUUAGCCAUUGAAGAUAUAGCUGCUCAAAGAAGUUUUGUUUUUCUUUGGUGUGGAUCUAGUGAAGGUCUUGAUUUGGGUCGCCAUUGUUUACGUAAAUGGGGUUUCCGUAGAUGUGAAGAUAUUUGCUGGAUAAAAACAAACAUUAAAAAUCCUGGAUUUUCAAAGAAUUUAGAAUCUAAUGCAAUUUUUCAACGAACAAAAGAACAUUGUCUCAUGGGAAUUAAAGGCACAGUUCGCAGAAGUACCGAUGGAGAUUUUAUUCAUGCAAACGUUGACAUAGAUUUGAUAAUCAGUGAAGAACCUGAAUACGGAUCGGUCGAUAAGCCAGAAGAAAUAUUUCAUAUUAUUGAACAUUUUUGCCUUGGACGCAGAAGAUUGCAUGUUUUUGGACGAGACACUACUAUUAGACCAGGCUGGUUAACUGUUGGUCCUGGAUUAACAAACAGUAACUUCAACGCUGAUAAGUACUUGAAAAACUUUGAAACUCCAAAUAGUCACUUAACUGGGUCAACUGACAAGAUUGAAAGCCUUAGACCAAAAUCGCCUGUGCCCAAAAACAAGAGUCAAUCAACAGUUGGAAACAGACCGAUUUCUCAAAACCGACCAUAUCAACAAUCAAUGCCAAGAGGUGGUAACAAUAAUAGGAUAUCAACAAUGAUUAGAAGAUAAUCAGCCUAAUUGACAAUUGACUCAUUUUCACAAAUGUAUUUUCUAUAGUUUUAAUUAGUUUUCAAUGUUUCAUUUGUAUUAUAACAUUUCCUAUAUCUUCA